AUGCCUCUGCUUCUUCUCUCACCCUUUGCCUGUAUCUUCUCAUUCUCUCCCUUAUCCAUUUCCAAUACAACUAAGAUUAUCCAUUAUCUCAUGCCUCUGCUCUUCUCAUUACCCUUUGCCUACUAUCCAUUAUCUCAUGCAUCUGCUCUCCUCUCACCCUUUCCCUGUAUCUUCUCAUUCUCUCCCUUAUCCCUUCCAAUACAACUAAUUAUUAUCCAUUAUCUCAUGCCUCUUCUCUCCAUCUUUGCCUGUAUCUUCUCAUUCUCUCCCUCAUUAUCCUUUUCCAAUACAACUAAGAUUAUCCAUUAUCUCAUGCCUCUUCUCUUCUCUCACCCUUUGCCUGUAUCUUCUCAUUCUCUCCCUUAUCCUUUCCAAUAUACAACUAUGAUCCAUUAUCUCAUGCCUCUCUCUUCUUUUUUGCCUGUAUCUUCUCAUUCUCUCCCUUAUCUUUUCCAAUACAAUAAAGAUUAUCCAUUAUCUCAUGCCUCUAUCUUCUCUCACCAUUUGCCUACUAUCCAUUAUCUCAUGCCUCUGCUUUUCUCUCACCCUUUGCCUGUAUCUUCUCAUUCUCUCCCUUAUCCCUUUCCAAUACAACUAAGAUUAUCCAUUAUCUCAUAUCUUCUGUUCUUCUCAUCCUUUGCCUGUAUCAUUUCUCAUUUUUCUCCCUUAUCCCUUCCAAUCCAAUUAACAAUUAUCCAUUAUCUCAUGCCUCUUUUUUCUCUCACCAUUUUGCCUGUAUCUUCUCAUUCUCUCCUUAUCCUUUCCAAUACAACUAAGAUUAUCCAUUAUCUCAUGCCUAUGCCUCUUUCUACCCCUUUGCCUGUAUCUUCUCAUUCUCUCCUUCCAAUCCCUUUCAAUACAGAUUAA